AUGCCCACCGCAGCCUCUGCGUGCUCACUCGCAAGCCUGCCGCCCCUUGUCCUCGAGCGCAUCUUUGCCUUCGUCUGUCCCCACAGCCGCGACGAGAGCUACGACACGUGCGAGGAGAGCGCUAUCGAAGAUGCCUGUAUGUUGUGCGGCUUGCGCGAUCUGGCGCAUUGCGUCGCCGUCUCCAAGAAGUGGAGGAAGGAAGCCAUAAAACUGCUAUACCACAGCAUACGCAUCGAUACAGUCCACUACUGUGAGCGAGAAGCCCAGCUGGCGGAACGGCGCAAGCGCCGCUCCCACUUCGACCGCAAUGGAGAGCCCGAGGACACGGCGCUAGCCCGCCUGAAGUUGUUGUCCCGCACACUGCGCGAGGAUCCCGUGCGCCUGGGCCGUCUCGUUCAGUUCCUCAAGAUGCCCUACAUGCUGCGCGAGUCAUGUCAGCCUGAUCUGGCUCGCACCAUAGCGGUGACGCCCGAUCUCCGCUACGUCGACCUGCCCGAAGGCCUCUUCGCUGACGAGCCAUCAUAUGUCACUUUGCGCCUCGAAGUGCAGGCGCGCUCCCUUGAGCUGCGCAAGAUGACCUACACGGCGGGCUCGGAGCGCAGCUUACAGGACCUAGCAUCCGGGACUGUGUGGGCUAGGCUAGAAGUGUUGGAGCUGGUCCGCAUCAACAUCGACCCCGGUGUUCUACGCCAGGUGCUGGGCUGUCUGGGAAGUCUGCGCGCCCUCAAGAUUAGCGAUACCAUGUCCGUCGGCGACGAAACUCUAGCCUGGAACCCCAUGCUCCCGCCAUUUCCCCCGCUCGAGGAGUUUAUCCUGACCGAGGUCCCCAAUGUAACUGUAGAUGGCCUCAAAUCGUGGCUUGAGCUGCCCGAGGCACGCCAGGCUCUCCGGGUCUUGACACUCAAUACCACAGGCGUUCCGGUCUGGACUCUGCAGGAAAUUCUGGCCCACCUACCUGGUCUCAAGCAUCUAUCCGUAAUUGACAGCGUAGCAGCUGCUAUGCCGGGAGCCGCCUAUGUUCCGCUCCUCUCUUCCCCCAGCCUUGAGACCCUGCACUUCGAAAUCACGGCGGCCGUGUCAUCACCAAAGUUUACAGGCAUCACUCCGAGUUACUACAACUACCUGGCAAGUUCGCUGGUCUCGGGUGGCCUAGCAAAUCUCCAUGCGCUCUACGUCCGAGACCCCAACUUCCCUGAUAUGCUCCUAGGGUUGCCUCCUCCCACGCCUGCCUUUGCCGAUGGUGGUAUCGCCCGCCCCAUCAGCAGCAGUGCUCCCAGGUCACCAGGCUUUGGCCCCAAGUCGGCAUCGCAUAGUUUCAUAUCUCCGGUAGGUAGCCCAUCGUUCGCCCCAUCACCUCAGCAUCUUAGCCCGUUUGGAAACCCACCGGGAUCAUUCGGCCACCGACAGCAAGACUCGCUUUCAUCGAUAUACAGCACGCAGAGUACACCACAGCAGCCGGCAUGGCAGCAGCUCGGCUACAAUCCACAGCGGCUCAGUAGCAACAACCCCUUUGCGGCGGCAGCACUUGGAGUCCCCACGGGUCCAGCUGGUAUUGCAAACCUUCCAUCCAAGCUUGAGGUCUUCACCAAGGGCGAAGAUGAGCUCAGCUGGUCGUUUGCUCAAGUUAACCACUUUUCCUCCGGACGGAGUGGUGGUGGUAGCGCCUCGGGAAGGCCUCUAAGCAGCUACGGUCUCGGUGCCGACGUUAUGGGAGGCAGCGCCUCGGGCUGGAGCAGCGGCGGUGGUGCACGUAGGAGUGUCCUCGUGGGCGGCGCCGGAGGCGGGUUCUUGGCUGUACCGUCGGAGGGGUUGGGAGGAGCUGCCAGGGGGAGAAACAGCCGUGCCAGCAAUAGCGGUGGAGAGGAUGAAUGGCCUCGCCCCAAGAGCAGCGCAGGAGAAACAAAGAGGGAGAGGAGGGAUCUGUGGAGGUAG